CCUGGACUGCGAGGAGUGCCAUCGCUAGCAGUGCAGUCAACAAAAAUUAAAGUUUGUUAUUUGGCCAAAUUUAAAAUGUACACAUUGAUGCACGGCUUUUACAAGUACAUGACACAGAAGGACGACUACUGCGUGGUGAUCCUGGGCCUGGACAAUGCUGGCAAAACGACUUACCUGGAGGCCGCCAAGACCACGUUCACCCGCAACUACAAGGGACUGAAUCCCAGCAAGAUCACGACCACAGUGGGCCUCAACAUCGGCACCAUCGACGUGCAGGGCGUGCGCCUCAACUUCUGGGACCUCGGUGGCCAGCAGGAGCUGCAAUCGCUGUGGGACAAGUACUACCAGGAGUCCCACGGCGUCAUCUACGUGAUCGACUCCAACGACCGCGAGCGCAUGGACGAGUCCAAGAUGAUCUUCGAUAAGAUGAUCAAGAACGAGCUGCUGUCCGGAGUGCCUUUGCUCAUCCUGGCCAACAAGCAGGAUCUGCCGGAUGUGAUGGGCGUGCGGGAGAUCAAGCCCGUAUUCCAGCAGGCAGGCGCCCUGAUCGGGCGUCGAGAUUGCCUCACCAUUCCCGUGUCCGCCCUGCAUGGCGAGGGGGUCGACGAGGGCAUCAAGUGGCUGGUGGAGGCCAUCAAGCGACAUGCGGUGGUCAGGCCGCCGCGGGAAAACGAUUAGAGCAUUGCGAAAAAGACACGGGCUCAUUGGCCCUCCACUGGCUUUAAUUAGACUUGUAUUUUUGUAUCUUUAGGGCUUAGCACUACGCUUAUUUGUAAUUAGCCGGAGACGAUUGUGAGAUACCAAACAUUGUACAUUGUUGUAAACGCGGGUAAACAGCCUUGCAACGGCCUUAACUAGCUUUGUUCUCCGCACACCCAUAUCUUUCUGUCAUGCCCAAAGCAGCUUAUACUUGAGACAACCCAAUUGUAAUGCUACUUUUGACUUGACAGAAACAUUACAGCAUAGGACAGGGAAUUACGAAUAAAAUUGUUAUAAUGGCGGAACCUGUACCGUUUAAUAAAGUAAAAAAAAGCAA